CGCAUAAACCAUAGACUACAAGAGUCGAUAUAAAACCCUAGUGCCAAAACCUUCUUUCCGUUUUCUUCGAACUGCAAGGGUUUUUGGCGCUACAACUACAAUAGCUCCGUCGCUGGUGGAGGAAACCUAGCAAUGGCGUUGUACAUGCUCUACGAGGCUGCCUCUGGAUACAGUCUUUUCCUUGCUCACGGGCUCGAUGAAAUCGGGCAAAACACAGAGGCUGUUCGGGGCUCUGUCUCUGAUAUGAACCGGUUCGGCAAAGUCGUCCAGCUCGUUGCUUUUCACCCCUUUGAGUCUGCUCUCGAUGCUCUCAAUCAGUGUAACUCUGUCUCUGAAGGGGUUAUGACUGAUGAGCUGAGGAACUUCUUGGAGCUUAAUCUGCCAAAAGUGAAGGAAGGGAAGAAGUCAAAGUUCUCGUUGGGUGUUGCAGAUCACAAGAUUGGGUCACAUAUCUCUGAAGUGACUAAGAUCCCUUGUCAAAGCAAUGAAUUUGUUCUUGAGCUGCUUCGUGGUGUCAGGCUGCAUUUUGAUCGGUUCAUCAAGGACCUUAAGCCUGGAGAUUUGGAGAAAGCGCAGCUUGGUCUUGGGCACAGCUACAGUCGAGCUAAAGUGAAAUUCAAUGUUAACAGAGUUGACAAUAUGGUCAUACAAGCAAUCUCUCUUCUGGAUACGCUGGACAAGGAUGUUAAUUCAUUUUCUAUGAGAUUUAGAGAGUGGUACUCGUGGCAUUUCCCUGAACUAGUGAAGAUUGUCAAUGACAACUAUCUUUUUGCAAAAGUUGCUAAGUUCAUCGAGGACAAGUCCAAGUUAUCUGAGGACAAACUUCCUGAGCUAACAGAAGUUCUUGGAGAUGAAGAUAAAGCUAAAGAGGUCAUUGAAGCUGCCAAAGCUUCUAUGGGUCAAGAUUUGAAUCCAGUUGACAUGAUUAAUAUCCAAAUGUUUGCCCAGAGAGUAAUGGAACUCGCAGAGUACAGGAAGAAUAUUCACGAGUAUCUAAUUGAAAAGAUGAAUGGCAUUGCACCUAACUUGGCUGCCUUAAUUGGUGAAAUUGUUGGGGCCCGUUUGAUAUCUCAUGCUGGUAGUCUUACAAAUCUGGCCAAGUGCCCUUCUUCUACUCUUCAGAUUCUUGGGGCAGAGAAGGCCCUCUUCAGAGCUUUGAAAACCCGAGGAAAUACUCCCAAAUAUGGCUUGAUUUUCCAUUCCUCCUUCAUUGGUCGAGCAUCUGCACGCAACAAGGGGCGCAUGGCCCGUUAUCUUGCAAACAAGUGCUCAAUUGCUACUCGAAUCGAUUGUUUUGCUGAGAACGGUACAAAUGUGUUUGGAGAGAAACUGAGGGAACAGGUUGAGGAGCGGCUUGAUUUCUAUGACAAGGGAGUUGCUCCACGGAAGAACAUUGACGUGAUGAAGUCUGCCAUGGAGACAGCAAAUGAAGAUGAUGCUGAUACCAAAAUGGAAGAAGCAGCUUCAGAAAAGAAGAGCAAGAAGAAGAAAUCAAAGGCAGAAUCUGCAGACGUAGAGGAUAAGUCAACUGUUGCCACAAAUGGAGAUGCUGUGGAGCCAAAAUCCGAGAAGAAGAAGAAAAAGAAGGAAAAGAGGAAACUGGACGAUGACUCAAAUGGUGUGGCUGCAAUGGAAGUUGAGGGGGAUGUGACCGAGAAGAAGAAGAAAAAGAAGAGCAUAACUGAGAGCGGGGAAGGAGGAGAGGCUGAUGGAGAGGUGAAAAAGAAGAAGAAGAAGAACAAAGAUUGAAGAAUCGUAUUUAGUGUUGAUGAAUGAAUAUUUUGGCCUCCCAGAUUCUGUGAAGCAAGAGCAAUUCGUAUGUUAUUCUUGAGAAAAGAAAAGCGAACAAUCUGUGUUGUAUGUUAAAUGGUCACUGGGCAGAUACAACAGUAGAUUAGGUUUCUUUUUAGUCCUAAAACUUCUUCCCAGAGGAGCCAACUAAGUUUUGGUUUUAUUGUUCAGCUUUUGGUCAUGAUCAUCCAUUGAAAGUUACCGGGUUAAUGCUAUGUCUAGAUGUACAAAUCGUAGAAGUAGAAGGUAUAGUGGUAGGGUAUUCUCAAAAUUGUGUGCAUGAUGGUCUAAUUCGGGGUUGUUUGGCCAGGUUAUUUAGAUGAGUUACUUUGGUCUAAAUAACUCUGAUGACAAAAUAAUCGGCUUGGAUCCAAAUUAAUGGGAAGAGUUAUUUUGGGUAGAAUUAUUGUAAAUAAUUGGAGGGUAGGGUGUAAAUUAACAGGAUGAGUUAUUUUGGGUAGAGUUAUUGUAAAUAAUUGGAGGGUAACAAAUAACUCAUUGUCUUCUUUUUGUUCACAUCUUGCCUCGUUCUCUUUCUUCAUAUUUUCCUCUUAGUCAGACGACUCCAUCGUCUCUUUCUUUCUCCGCCCGCUCUCAUCUCCUCCUUUUCAUAUUUGUCUAUUGCCUCGUUCUUUCUACCAAAACAAAAAUGCCUCUAAUUCAGAAGCAUUCUCUCACCUCCUUUUUCAAUUGCUUCAUCUCCUUCAACUUUUUUUCUUCAAAAAGCUAAAAUCCCACUUUUAAAAUCCUAAAUUGCAAAUCCCCCAUCUCCCUUGAGCAAUUAAAGAAGGCGACGAUAUUCAUGGAUUUUGAACACCUCUAGAGCCUAGAAGUUGAGCAGCCAUGGGGCUAGGCUAGCGGUGCCAUAUCCUACCAACGUCACCGAAGUCAAGGAGAGAUACAAAAGGGGAGUCGGCAGUGGAAGAUGUGCGAAUCCACCAUCGAUAUAGGAUGGAAGAUGUGAACCACAGGUGUACUCUACUCCCACUUUUACGUUUUAUUUCAGAAAAUGAAUUGAUUUGUCCUUGUUUCCCAUUUCCUCGCUGACGUUGAAUCAACUUGGAUACGAAGAGGAAGGAGUAUUUCACCCACUUGAUUCGCGAAGCUCUGAAGAAAGGAGGAAGGGGAAGUCUGGGAAAACUCGUGCAUGCAAGAGGAAUGAGGGAUGUGCCAGUCGCUAUUAGUUAGAGAAGCAGCUAGGAAGAGGAGGAAGCAAUAUGUCAGGUCAAUCGCAGCAUACUUCGGGGGAGUAAAGGAGCUGUGCUUUCAGUGUGAGCAGCUGGACGGAGAAAGCAAGUAUUCAUAGGCCAAGAGGGUACACAUCAUCCUCAACGGAGUCAGGCCUGAACACGACAAUGUGCGUGCUUUGCUUCAAUUCAAGCACGUGACGUUCCAGCAUCUCUGUCGCUCGUUUUUCAAUAUGUAGUAGAAUGAGGAGAUUCUGGUAAGACUGAGAGGGAUUCGGCAAAGAAGUGAUGGAUGCUGCGGGGACAACAAAAAUUACAACAAUUGAAAGUAAAGGGAUUAGGAGGUAGCAAGGAGUAGUGAUAGUGAUAACACAUAAAAUUGGUGUUAUUUACUCCUCAUUCUCGAGGCAUUUGUGUGCUAAAUCAUCGUAUCUAGGCCACAUAUCAAGCUAAUUUGGGCCUAUAUUCUUUCAUAUUUGCAAAACAUCCAUUUUGGCAUGAGUUAGCUUAAUAUGAAGGUUUUCAUGGGGAAAUCGACCCCACUUUGCCGUAUUUUAUGCUUUUCUAGUGUUUCAAUGAAAUUCCAGGGCUUAA